AUGCACUUACUACUCCUCUCUUCUCUCUUUAUCUCUCCUCCCACCUUUUUUCCUUGCUCACAUCUUUCACCUUCUUUUAUGUUAUGUCUUGUCUCUCUCAUCCUCCUGCUCUAUUUUUUCUCUUUCACUCAUAUUAUGGACCCUAUUUUUCUGCUUGUGGUCUAUAGAGUUUUAAUAUUUUUCCCUUUCUGUCUUUUUAAAAGGUUCCUCAGAUUUCCAGAUCUAUCUCUAAUUCCUUUUGUCUUUGUUCUACCCUCCUCCCAUCAUAAUAACUCUUUCCCCCUUUUCCCUUCCAACUUAUAUUAUCAGGUUUAUUAUCCACCUCACUUUUUAAAUUUCUCUAUUCUUUUCUCAGCUCUUCUUUCAAUUACCCAUUUUAUUAUUCUCCCACCAUUUUUAAAUAUUUUUAUUCUUUUCACUCCUUGUCAUUUCACCAUUAAUUUUAUGAUCUUUCCUCCUUUUAUAAAAUUUUCUUUUCCCUCUUCCUUCUACUAUGAAUUUUAUUAUCCUCUCUCCCAUUUUAAAUAUUUUUAUUCUCUUCACUCCUCUUCCUUUCACCAUCACUUUUAUUAUUCUCACUCCAUUUUUAAAUAUUUUUAUUCUUUUCACUCCUCUUCCUUUCACCAUCAGUUUCAUUACCCUCCCUCGCUUUUUAAAUAUUAUUAUUCUCUCCUUUUCCUUGUACUGACUGAAUUUCUGAUACAAAACUUUACUAAUCAUAACCAGUUUUUUUUAUGA